UUCAAAGACUGAAUCUUUGGGAAGGAGGGUGGUGAAGCUACAUUGUUCAUCGAUGAAGGGUAUUGGCUGAUUUCUCAUAAUAUGGAGGGAAGGGUUGCUGAGUUGUUGCUGGGUUCUGCUCUGUUUUGAAUCUGUGGGUUACAAGCUGAAAAGCUCUUUUGUUUUCUUCACAUUGAGCUUUUUCAUUACUUUGGUGAAGCCAUUGACACAACUAUAUGAAGCUCAUUAAGCUUUUAGUGGCAUCCCUAUUUUUCCUCUGUGCCUUGGGGCAGCUUCCUUCACAGGACAUUUUGGCGCUGCUCGAAUUCAAGAAGGGUAUCAAGCAUGAUCCCACCGGUUAUGUCCUUAGUUCAUGGAAUGAGGAGUCUAUUGACUUCAAUGGCUGCCCUGCUUCUUGGAAUGGAAUUGUCUGUAACGGUGGAAACGUUGCUGGGGUUGUUCUUGAUGACUUGGCUCUCUCUGCUGAUGCAGACUUGAGUGUAUUUGCAAACCUCACGAAGCUUGUGAAGCUCUCCAUGUCAAACAAUUCCAUAACGGGCAAGAUUCCUGACAAUGUAGCUGACUUGAGACACCUCGAGUUUCUGGAUUUAUCUGAUAAUCUGUUUUCCUCGUCUUUACCACUGGGGAUUGGUAGCUUAGCUAGCCUGGUUGCUAGAGCUAACCAGACUUGUUUGGAAGUAUCAAGUCCAUAA